CUCAGGAUGGGGAGGGGGAGGGGGGCAGUGACCUUGCCCCUGCCUGGAUGUGGAGCUUGACGGACCCCCGUGUUGCCCCCGCAGUGCGCGAGCAGCUGAAGGAGCUCACCAAGCAGUACGAGAAGUCGGAGAACGACCUCAAGGCCCUGCAGAGCGUCGGGCAGAUUGUGGGGGAGGUUCUAAAGCAGCUAACAGAAGAGAAGUUUAUUGUGAAGGCUACGAAUGGGCCACGAUAUGUGGUUGGCUGUCGUCGUCAGCUUGACAAGAGUAAGCUGAAGCCUGGGACAAGAGUUGCUCUUGACAUGACCACACUCACUAUUAUGAGAUAUUUGCCAAGAGAAGUGGAUCCAUUGGUUUACAAUAUGUCUCAUGAAGAUCCAGGGAAUGUUUCGUAUUCUGAGAUUGGUGGAUUAUCGGAACAAAUAAGGGAGCUAAGAGAGGUCAUAGAAUUGCCACUUACAAACCCAGAAUUAUUCCAGCGUGUGGGAAUUAUACCUCCAAAAGGUUGCUUGCUGUAUGGUCCGCCAGGUACAGGGAAAACACUCUUGGCAGGAGCGGUUGCUAGCCAGCUAGACUGCAAUUUCUUAAAGGUUGUGUCUAGUUCAAUUGUAGACAAGUACAUUGGUGAAAGCGCCCGACUGAUAAGAGAAAUGUUCAACUAUGCCAGAGAUCAUCAGCCAUGUAUCAUUUUCAUGGAUGAAAUAGAUGCUAUUGGUGGCCGUCGUUUUUCUGAAGGAACUUCAGCUGAUAGAGAAAUUCAGAGAACUCUGAUGGAGUUACUGAAUCAAAUGGAUGGAUUUGACACUCUACACAGAGUUAAAAUGAUCAUGGCUACAAAUAGACCAGACACGUUGGAUCCUGCAUUGCUGCGGCCAGGAAGACUAGAUAGAAAAAUCCAUAUUGAUCUACCCAAUGAACAAGCCAGAUUAGAUAUUUUGAAGAUUCAUGCAGGUCCUAUCACUAAACAUGGUGAAAUAGAUUAUGAAGCAAUUGUGAAGCUUUCAGAUGGCUUUAAUGGAGCAGAUUUAAGAAAUGUCUGUACUGAAGCAGGUAUGUUUGCAAUUCGUGCUGAUCAUGAUUUUGUAGUUCAGGAAGACUUCAUGAAGGCUGUAAGGAAAGUGGCUGACUCUAAGAAGCUGGAGUCAAAGCUGGACUACAAACCUGUUUAACUUAAUCAUACACUUCAUAAUUGACUGCAUGGGAAAUAUCAAUGUAUAAAAGGAGAGAAAUAACAUACCUCUUGGCUAUGAUCUUAUUGCAGGUUUCUGUAUAACACAGUAAGUUAGUAGUGUGUUUUCUGUACAGUUCUGAAACGUAACUUUUGUUGCAGCCCAAGUUAAGUAAGGAGAUGUUCUACUAAAAAUUACUGUGAGACUGUAUAAACAUACCUACAUAGUUUAACUUUAGCAGAUUUUAAGAAAGUCAAUGCAAUCUUGACUUAUUUUAUAUCAGUACAUUUUCCUUUCCCAGAACAAAUGAAUAAAAUUUUGUUUAAAGUAACUCUGUCCUUCCUAUGUACCUCCUCUAUACUUCUUAUCAGAAAACUCAAAUAACAGCUCUUUGGGCACAUAAAGUGCAGCUUUUCUCUGCAAGUGAUCAUGUCUGUCCCCAUAUAAGUAUGGGUUUUUUUUUAACAACCUAUGCAAAAAUUACUAGAGGUCAAUUCAUCAGAUGUAACAUACCAAGAAACAGAUCAAGAAAUGUAAUUUGCUAUUUUAUUGUGUAGCAAUUUCAUGCUGCCUGUUCGUGCAGAAUAGGAAUAGAUACUACGUUAGUCUUUCACUGCUGAAAAAUGGGGGGAAAGUACUCAUUAGAACUAAAACUUAAUUUAUCACUUAAUUAUCUACUUAAUGUUUAUAGCCUGAUUUCAGUCCACAGAACUGGUUACAAAUGUCCAUAUGUGCUCAGGGGAAAGUGCCAGAAUACCACACCAAAAAGAUAACACAUGUAGUCAAAGGCCAUUUUAAUAACAAAGAAAAUAUUACAGUCUUUCGAAAAACAUUGGACUCAGUUUCCUGUCAAUCUGAUCAAAUGUUAAUAUGCCAGAUGGAAAGGUGUGUACAGUACUCCUUCAAGGCCUGAAUACUGGUCUGUAGUGCGUUGUUGGAGUGUAACUGAGGCCAGAAUUUGGCCUAGUGCCUGUUGUCUCCACAUAAACUAGAACAUGGCUACUGCAGUGGCUAACAAGUUAUUCUUCAAACACAAUAAAAAAGUUAUGACUUGGAAA